CACAAAUUAAACAGAUCAACACAACAUAGUAAUAUUUGACUAUCAUUUCUCUUUUUUUGUUGUGUGUGUGUGUGUUUUAGAUUUCAGAAAAAAUGGCAACUCCUCCAGAAGUUCCAGGUGAACCAACGAAGACUGGGACGGCAAUUCUUGAAACUGCAACGGCUACUAUUCAAGGCUUUGGUCCAAUCAACAAGAUUCAUCAGCACCUUUGCGCGUUCCAUUUCUAUGGACACGACAUGACACGACAAGUCGAGGCGCACCACUUUUGUGGGCACCAAAACGAAGAAUUCAGGCAGUGUCUUAUUUACGAUAGGCCUGAUGCCGAUGGCCGAUUAAUCGGGCUCGAGUACAUCAUCUCUGAGCAACUCUUCUUAACAUUACCUGAUGACGAAAAGAAAUUCUGGCAUUCCCAUUUGUACGAGGUGAAGAGUGGUGUCCUCUUCAUGCCUGGUGUUCCAGGCCCAAUUCAACGACAAGAUCACGAAAAAGUUGCGAAAACGUAUGGGAAAGUGAUCCAUUUCUGGCAAGUUGAUAGAGGUGAUACACUUCCUUUGGGAAUUCCUCAAGUUAUGAUGGCUCUUACUAGAGAUGGUCAGCUCGAUGAGAAUCUUGGUCAAGAUGUGGAGAAACGUUUUGGAGUAUCAUUUAGUGAAGAAAGAGAGAAGAGGGCAUAUAUGGAAGGACCUGCUCAUGGGAUUCACCCACUUGCUAAUGCUGGAGGCAAAGGCAUUAAGACUGUACUUAGAGAAGUUGAUUGCAAGCCCGUCGAAUCUGUCCCUAGAGUUUUUGUUUAAGCCUUUUUUACCUUCUUUUAUGAUGGUGAUGGGAACUUAUAUAUAGAGAGCCUAUGUAGAUAUUAAGUUGGUGAAAGAAUAAUUCUCUACGUUUUGUUAUCAAACUCUAUAAUAUAUGGUGGUGUAUA